AUGGACACACAAGAGCUGCUCAGCCCGGCAACUCAACGACUCCGUCCUGUCGUUUCUUAUUCUGCAUCGCAAUCCUUACAGGCGUCAGCAGCCCUCAGUGUCGGUGCCAUCCCAACUGGUAUCACUCAACUAGAUAAUGCGAUCAGUCCGCUCCCCGCAGAACAAGAUGAUGACGCCGACUCCCGCGGGAUUCCUCAGGGCCAAGUAACAGAAGUCUUUGGACCGCCUGGUGUUGGGAAGACGUCUCUUGCGCUCAACGUCGCCUCGAACGCUCUCCUUGCUGGCGGAAAGGUGGUUUGGAUUGAUACUGGCUCUCCACUGCCCCGGUUACGUCUUCGCGAUGUUCUACAGAAGUCCAUUGAGGUUUCAAAAUCACCUCAAACAGCGGAGCAACUUGUGCAAAACCUGACUCAUAUUCGAGCCCAGUCUCUGCCUCACAUACUCGCACUCCUACUACAUCCCCCGUCAACAUUUCCACCCCAGGACUGCAGAUUACUAGUCGUCGACUCUGCCUCAGGGCCCUUUGCGUCAUACUUCCCAAAUCCCACGGAACUCAAGGCACGCCUUGGGCAGUCAAAAAAUAUCGAUAAAGCGCAGGUCCAAUGGCUCAUGAACAGAAGUUCUAACGUUACAAGUGAUCUGGCGAAUCAGCUGAUGAAGCUAGCGACAACCCACCGGAUGGCUGUCCUUGCCAUCAAUCAGACCCGGACCAGGAUCAAAGGCCAGCCACGUGCCACUCUGUGUCCAGUCUUAGCUGGUGGGGCGUGGGAAAGUAGUAUAAGCACCCGGCUUGUUCUGUACCGCGAUCUUUUGACCACGGAAAACACUGUUGAGGGUAUUCGGUGUGCGGAAGUAAUGAAAAGAUCUGGGAAAAUGUUGGCAGUGCGGUUAGGGGCGAAUAUUGUUCAAUUUGUGAUUGAGAAGGAUGGGCUGCGUGCUUUGGACGAUCAGCCGGCCUCUCGUACGACCGCUUUGGACUUUGGCGAAGCACAGGACACACCUCUACAGAGAAAACGCAAGGUUGACGAGAUCGCAGAUAGCGAGGAUGAAGGUGAUUCUGAUGCAGAAUACGGAUGGGUGGACGACGGCUUCGCGAAGUGA